AUGGUUCGGCUCAAAAGCAGGUACAUAUUAUUUGAGGUUCUUUAUCCGGCACCGGAUUGCCCGGAGGAGAGACCAUUUUCGAACUCACGAAAAGACAUUUUAAUACGACAUCAUAGAGCAAGCCCAGCACAAAUCAGCCAUAAAACCAUAAUACAAGAGCUGCGAAGGACACUGCAGCAUAAUUUUGGAGAUUAUGGUAUAGGAAGAGUCAAUUCUCUUUUACAGAUAAAGUAUUUCUCCAAUCGCACUUCAACGGGCAUCAUUCGCUGUAGCCGCGAGGAAUACGACCUGGUGCUUAUCGCACUUAUGUUCAUAAACAGGAUAGACGACGUUGAAGGCCUUGUGGUUAAUCCUACAAAAGUCAGCGGUACCAUAAAGCGAGUUGAACAGUACGCCAUUCGAAGAAAUGAAAGAUUACUCGCAGUAAUAAAAGGUAAGCAGUGGACAGAUGAUUUUAACGAAUUAAGCGACGAUGAUGCCCAAGAUUAG